AUGGAAUUGGCGGCGUUGGAAGAGGACGAAGGGCCGUUGAUUGUGCCGCAAGGCGGGCUGACAAACAAGACCACUCAGAAGACCUUGGUGCUGGAGCAUGUCGCCCCUGCAACCCGCCUCCUGGAGAAGCGCCGGCAGAUGUUUGAGGUGCAAGAAGAGCUGGAGGCCCAGAAAACCGAGUUUGCUAGGAAAGAGGAGGUCUUCAAGCGACGAGAGGAGGGCCUAAAGAAGAAGGACGCCGAGCUUCAGGAUGCGCUUGUCCGUUUUAGCAAGUUCUUACAGGAGAACAAUUCAAAAAGGACGCGAGCGGAAAAGAAAGCGGCAGACGAAGUCAAGAGCAGAUUGCAAAAGGAGGCGGAGAUCGAGAAGCUGGCGGGGCUGGUGGAGGAGCUGCAGAAGGAGAAGGGCCGCACGUGCCGGAUCGUGGAGCAGAACAUGGCGUACCACAAGUACCUGGAGGCAGUGCUGGACACCGCGGACGAGUACCACGAGAUCAACGACCUCCUCAUGCGGCACGCGACGCUCGAGGCAACCAACUCGGACCUGAAGCAGCAGGCGCGGGUCGCCACUGAAGAGACGGAGAGCCUGCGGGCGGAGCUGCAAGCGUACUCCAAGAGCAAGACGAACGAGAUCCUGAACUUCAACAACGAGAUCAGCCGCCUGAAAAAGGACCUCGAGGCGCAGGAGAAGGAGACCGCAGGGCUGCGCGCGCGCAUGGACUACGCGCUGCAGAACGAGAGCGCCAAGACGCUGGAGCAUGGCCAGGUGUGCAUGGCCACCGAGAACCUGUUCGCCCGUUGCAUCCAACGGUCCAAGGUCAACCACCCGCCCUUCACGAGCCCGGUUGAGCAGCUGUCGGUGAUCGGGGACUUCAUGACCGACCUAGUAUACACGAUUAAGCAGUUUCGGGCGGGGCAGGGGAAGAAAGAACCGACCGGGGGAAAGGAGGGCAAGUCUCCGAGUCCCACCGGGUUGGAAAAGAAAGAGGGGCAUGGGGGAGAGAAGGCGCCACGAACAGAGGGCGCAGGCAGAAAGGAGACUGCCGCGGCAGGCGCCGGGUAG